AUGGACGACCUGUUUGACGUGUUCGAGGACAAGCCGACCUCGAACACUGCUUCCAGCCAGCCCCCCAAACCGCGGAGAGCUAGAAACAAGAAGCGACGAGCCAACGGAGAUGUCAAGAUAGAUGCAGAUACAUCCAAUGGGGCAGAAUCGCCGGCGACUCCAGAUAUCACGGCCGAUAAGAGCGAUGCGCAGGAUUCAGAGACCCGGGAGGACCAUCCAGAUAUAAAGCGCCUGCGCGUUGACCAAGAACCAGAACCAGUCGUUGCGGAUACCUUCGAAACCGAACAGUCUCGUGAAGUUGCUGCAUCUGCUGGAUUUCAGGGACAACAGGACGGGAAAGCUGUUGUCCUAUCCCAUCAAGUGCGACAUCAAGUUGCUCUGCCCGCCGGCUAUGAUUACGUGCCAAUCUCACAGCACAAACCGCCAGAGAAACCGGCGCGAGUAUGGCCGUUUACCCUCGACCCCUUCCAGAAGGUCUCGAUUGCGUCUAUCGAGCGAGGAGAGAGUGUUCUUGUCUCUGCGCAUACCAGUGCUGGAAAAACAGUGGUGGCAGAAUAUGCAAUUGCGCAAUGUUUGAAGAACAACCAACGAGUCAUUUACACAAGUCCGAUCAAAGCAUUGAGCAAUCAGAAAUACAGAGAAUUUGCGGCGGAAUUUGGUGAUGUUGGGCUAAUGACUGGCGACGUGACAAUCAAUCCUACAGCUACUUGCCUAGUCAUGACUACAGAGAUUUUGCGGUCCAUGUUAUACAGGGGCUCUGAGAUUAUGCGCGAAGUUGCCUGGGUUGUCUUUGACGAGAUCCAUUAUAUGCGUGAUAAAACGCGCGGUGUUGUAUGGGAGGAAACCAUUAUUCUACUACCGGAUAAAGUUCGAUAUGUGUUCCUUUCAGCAACAAUCCCAAACGCAAUGCAAUUUGCAGAAUGGGUUACCAAAAUGCACGGUCAACCUUGCCACGUUGUGUACACAGAUUUCCGUCCAACCCCCCUCCAGCACUACCUCUUCCCCGCAGGCGCCGAAGGCAUACACCUUGUCGUUGACGAGAAAGGUGUUUUCCGCGAAGAGAACUUCCAAAAGGCAAUGAGUUCGAUCGCAGAUAAACAGGGAGCCGAUCCCGCCGAUGCCAUGGCCAAAAGAAAAGGUAAAGGUAAAGACAAAAAGACAAAUAAGGGUGGAGAUAAGGAUACGCCCUCCGACAUUUAUAAAAUUGUCAAGAUGAUUAUGAUCAAGAACUACCACCCAGUUAUCGUGUUCAGUUUCAGCAAACGAGAGUGCGAAUCAUUUGCGCUAAAGAUGAGCAAAUUGGCAUUCAAUGACAAUUCUGAAAAGGAAAUGGUCUCCAAGGUCUUUAAUAGUGCUAUUGAGAUACUCUCCGAGGAAGAUAGGGAGUUGCCUCAAAUCCAACACAUUUUGCCCCUCCUUCGACGCGGAAUUGGUAUACAUCACUCCGGACUACUGCCCAUCCUUAAGGAGACCAUCGAAAUUCUCUUCCAAGAAGGACUUAUCAAAGUUCUUUUCGCUACUGAAACGUUCUCUAUCGGUCUUAACAUGCCUGCUAAGACUGUCGUUUUCACAAACGUCCGCAAAUUUGAUGGCGUUAGCUCACGAUGGAUAACGUCUUCAGAGUUCGUCCAGAUGUCCGGGCGUGCAGGUCGUCGAGGUCUUGAUGACCGCGGUCUUGUGAUUAUGAUGAUUGACGAAGAGAUGGAUCCUACUGUCGCCAAGGAAAUUGUACGCGGAGAGCAGGACAAGCUGAAUUCAGCCUUCCACUUGGGAUAUAAUAUGAUCCUCAACUUGCUUAGGGUUGAGGGAAUUUCACCUGAGUUUAUGCUUGAACGGUGUUUCUAUCAGUUCCAAAACACAGCUAGUGUUUCUGGGCUUGAAAAAGAACUUGCUGAGCUUGAAAAAUCGCGAGAUGAUAUGGUAAUUGCAGAUGAAGGCACGAUCCGAGAAUAUUAUGAUUUACGGCAGAAGAUUGAUACCUACACAGCUGACAUGAGGGCUGUGAUAAAUCACCCCAAUUACUGUGUCUCCUUCCUGAAGCCAGGACGCUUGGUCCACAUCAAAUACCAGGAUUUCGACUUUGGAUGGUCGGUGGUGGUCAACUGCCAAAUGCGAAGACCUCCGAAGAAUGCGCCGCACGAGGAAUACCCCGCGCACGAGAGCUACAUAGUAGACGUCCUACUUCCAAUAUCGGAGGACUCGUUCCUAAAGACAAAAGGAGUUCAGCCAUUACCACCUGGCGUCAAGCCAGCUAAGAAGGGAGAAAAUUCGAAGCUUGAAGUUGUCCCCGUUCUCCUGAAUUGUAUUCAUGCCAUUGGCCUCAUGCGCCUCCCUCUUUCUAAAAACCUGAAACCCGAUGACAGUAGGAGGGAGGUCAAAAAACAGAUUGAGGAGGUCAAAAGACGAUUUCCUGAUGGGAUAGCGCUUCUUGACCCCAUCGAGAACAUGAACAUUACGGACGAUGCGUUCAAGAAAUUAUUAAGGAAAAUCGAAGUCCUAGAGUCUCGCCUGGUAUCAAACCCUCUGCACAAUUCCCCCCGACUGCCGGAGCUAUACGACCAGUACGCCGAAAAAGUAGAGCUCAUCAGGAAGGUCAAGGAGACUAAGAAAAAGAUCACCGAAGCCAUGUCGAUAAUACAAAUGGACGAAUUAAAGUGCCGUAAACGAGUACUUCGCCGUUUCCAGUUCAUCAAUGAGGAUGAGGUUGUACAGCUGAAAGCACGAGUUGCCUGUGAGAUCAGCAGUGGCGAUGAGCUCAUGCUUAGCGAACUUCUAUUCAACGGUUUCUUCAAUACCCUCACACCGGAGCAAUGCGCAGCGGCGCUCAGUGUGUUUGUCUUUGAAGAGAAUGCCAAGGAAACCCCUGCCAUCACGAAUGAAGACCUUGCCAAACCUCUCAGAGAUAUUCAGGCGCAGGCCAGAAUUAUCGCCAAGGUUUCGCAAGAGUCAAAACUUCCGGUGAACGAAGAAGAGUACGUCAAGAGCUUCCGGUGGGAACUCAUGGAGGUGAUGUUCGAUUGGGCAAAGGGCAAAUCUUUCGCGGAUAUCUGCAAAAUGACCGAAGUCUUCGAAGGAAGUCUCAUCAGGGCCUUCCGGCGCCUCGAAGAAUGCAUGAGACAGAUGGCGCAGGCCGCGAAAGUAAUGGGCAGCAGCGACUUGGAGACGAAGUUCGAAACGUCCCUUACGCUGAUAAAACGAGAUAUCGUUGCUGCGCAAUCUCUGUAUCUUUAG